AAGCUGCAGAGCUACCUGGUAUCUCCAGGCUGAGCACGUGGUGACCAGCAGACAUGUCUCAAUUUGCCCAGGUCCUGGCCGAAAUAGGUGACUUUGGUCGCUUCCAGAUACAACUGAUGAUCAUGCUGAGUAUCCCCAACCUCCUCUCUGCCUUCUACUUCUUUGCUCAAGUCUUCAUGGUCCUGGAUGAGCCCCACCACUGCUCAGUGGCCUGGGUCAAGAACCACACUCUUAACCUGAGUACUGCUGACCAGUUGGCGCUGGGGGUGCCUCUGGGUGCUGCAGGCAGCCCCGAGCCCUGCCUCAUGUUCCGGCCACCCCCCGAUGGUGCCAGCCUGGAGGACAUCCUCAGCCACCGCUUCAACGAGACGCAGCCUUGCGAUAUGGGCUGGGACUAUCCUGAGAACAGGCCCCAAUCCCUAGCAAAAGAGUUCAACCUGGUGUGCGAUCGGCAGUACCUGAAGGAGACCUCACAGUCAGUGUACAUGUCUGGGCUCCUCGUCGGGGCCCUCAUCUUCGGACCCCUCUGUGACAGGAUUGGCCGCAAGGCCACCAUCCUGGUGCAGCUGCUGCUCUUCGCCAUCAUCGGCAUGUCCACAGCCUUCGUGCCCAGCUUUGAGCUCUACAUGGCCCUUCGCUUUGCUGUGGCCACUGCCGUCUCUGGAUAUACCUUCAGUAACGUCACCCUGCUUACAGAGUGGGUGGGGCCCUCGUGGAGGACCCAGGCCGUGGUGCUGUCCCAUUGCGUCUUCGCCCUCGGGCAGAUGGUGCUGGCAGGACUCGCCUAUGGUGUCCGCAACUGGAGGCUCUUCCAGAUCGCCGGCACUGCGCCUGUCCUGCUGCUCUUCUUCUACUUCUGGGCUCUGCCAGAGUCUGCACGGUGGCUCCUGACCCGGGGGAGGAUAGAGGAGGCUAAACAAGUGAUCCAGAAGGCGGCCUUGGUCAACAGGCGGAAACUCUCCCCAGAGCUCCUGAGCCAGCUGGUCUCAGAGAAAACAGGCCCCGUGGGGAAUGCCCUGGAUCUGCUCAGACACCCCCAGCUCCGGAAGGUGACCCUGAUUCUCUUCUGUGUCUGGUUUUCGACCAGUGUGGUGUACUUUGGCCUGGGCCUGAAAGUGGGAGACUUCGGCCUGGACGUCUACCUGACCCAGCUAAUUUUUGGAGCAGUUGAGGUGCCUGCCCGCUAUUCUAGCAUCUUCAUGAUGCAGAGAUUGGGCCGCAAAUGGAGCCAGCUGGGGACCCAGGUUCUGGGUGGGCUCAUGUGUAUCACCAUCGUCUUCAUCCCAGCAGAUCUGCCUGUGGUGGUCACCAUGCUGGCCGUGGUGGGGAGGAUCGCCACAGCUGCCACCUUUACCAUCGCCUACGUGUACUCUGCCGAGCUCUUCCCCACCGUCGUCCGGCAGACAGGCAUGGGGCUGGUGGGCAUCUUCUCACGCGUCGGGGGCAUCCUCACGCCACUCGUGAUCCUGCUGGAGGAGUUCUACGUAGCCCUCCCCAUGCUCAUCUAUGGCUGCAUCCCCAUCGUGGCAGGCUUGCUCUGCAUCCUGCUGCCAGAGACGCGUGGCCAGGCCCUGAAGGACAUCAUUGAGGACCUGGAGCAGGGACCCCACCCACGGGCUCCCAAGUCAGUGCCCCUAGCAAAGGAAACGGACUCCACAGGAAGAAUCUCCAGCCCGGGGGUGGCCUUUGUGAGCAGCACGUAUUUCUGA